AUGGAAGAAAGCAUUGAAGAGAGGUUGGAAAAUGUUCACAUUAAUGCCAUACAUGAAGAUACAAAUGAAGAAGGGACUAUGUUAGAUAUCCAUCCUUAUGAACCUGGGAGUUCUCUAAAUAAUUGGACUGUAGAAGAAAUACCUGAAGUUUUUAGAGCUUUCUCAGAUAUUAAGGAAGAGGAAAAUGAUGACCAUCCUCAGUACCGAGAUAUACUGCGAUAUGUGAAGAAUUGUGAGUACCCUAAUCAGGCAACAGAGAAUGACAAGAGGACAUUGAGGAGGCUCACCAUUGACUACAUCUUAUAUGGAGAGAUUUUAUAUAAGAGGGGAAAGGAUCGAGUACUAUUGAGAUGUGUGAAUGCUGUAGAGGCCAAUAAAAUUUUGGAAGAAGUCCAUGAGAGUAUCUGCGGAACGCACGUCAAUGGUUUCACAAUGGUGGAAGCUGCUUCUUAUGCUAAUGUCACAAAGAGACCAAAGAGAUUCAGAUCUUGUACCCUUGAAUUGCAGUGGGAGAGGAUUGUGAAAGAGCCAGAUCUUAUACUCAGUGGGAGGAAGAUGGUUCAAAUUUUAUGUCUCAAAGGUACAGUGGAUUGA